AUGAACUUAUCGCUUCAAGAUCCCUUUUCUGUGGCCAAAGAGUUUCCCGAGACUUUAUCAACAACCUUGAAUUAUGGGCAUUCUGUGAGCAUUCAGUUUAGCAAGCAAGGAGACUAUUUGGCGUCGGGUUUAUCCGAUGGAUCAAUUGUUAUUUAUGAUAUGGUUUCUAAUGGAUUGAUAGCCCAUAUUACUCAGGAUUGUCAUACACGGCCGAUCACCUCAAUUACAUGGUCUCAAUGUGGGCGGUUUUUAUUGACCUCGUCGCAAGACUGGUAUUGUAAGCUUUGGGAUUUGAGUAAGAUAGUUUGCAGUAGAAACAUCAUUGAUGAACAUGAGUCCCCCGUUAUACGACAAGUGAAGUUCGAUGGCCCAAUCUGGCUGGCAAACAUGCAUCCUAGUAACCACUUUGUGUUUGUUGCGUCGUUAUUUGAUGACUCUCCUGUGCAUGUUGAUAUGAGCAAUGCCAAGGCACCAAAAGUGACGAAAUUGAGAACAAAUCCCUUAGAGGAUAAUAACAAUGGGGAGGAGUCUGGUGAAGAAGAGGCAUUUAAAGUAAAGAAACGGCGAAUUGGGCACAAUGACAAGCUUGCGACCUUGGUAACAACUUUCACGCAAAACGGGCAGUAUAUUUUUGCCGGCACGAGUAAAGGUUGGUUGAAUAUUUUCCGCACUAUAGAUUUGAAGCUAAUGUAUUCUGUUAAGCUAGCCAAUUCCAACAUCAAGAAUAUUUCCAUUUCUUUAAACGGCCGGAAGUUGGCCCUCAAUUUUUCCGAUAGGGUAAUACGGCAGAUUGAUUUGCCCGAUAUUGUAAAUGACAAUGAUACCAAAGAGUGGGAUUUUGAAAUUGACCACAAGUAUCAAGAUGUUGUUAAUCGACUACAGUGGAACUCAAUAAGCUUUAACCAUAACGGUGAUUUCUUGGUAGCAUCAACUCACGGCCAAUCUUCUCACGAUUUGUAUCUUUGGGAAACAUCAAUGGGAUCGUUGAUCAAGAUCUUGGAAGGUUCAAAUGAAGAAUUGAUUGAUGUCAAGUGGAACUAUAAUCGUUGCAAAAUAGGAUCAAUUGGAUUAGAUAGCGGAGCUAUUUACAUCUGGCUGGUGCAAUUUCCUCAAAAAUGGAGCGCUCUAGCUCCGGAUUUUGUUGAAGUUGAAGAGAAUAUAGAUUAUGUGGAGAAGGAGGACGAGUUUGACAUUAUAGAUGAGUCUGAAUUGACCAAGAUGAGAAUGGAAGAGGAAGAUUUGGAUAUUGAUGUUGUUACGAGGGAAACUACUGACGCCCGCGGGUUCGAGUUGAAUCAGGGCUCUUUUAUCAUUCCAAUAGACUAUGAGUGUAAUUUAUUUUGA